AACUAGUUCACUAGUUACUAGCCGCUUCUAAGCCCGGAUAAAGAGGGACGGUUGGGCAUACGGCUACCAACCCUACCCAAGAAAACCAAUUUAACCACUGAAGAAACUUCAAAGCACAAAGAAAAUAUAAGACAAAAUUAAACUUACUCCUUGCUGGAAUCGGAGAAGCGAAAUCAUGCCAGCUGAUGAAGGCCUUAGGGGAGCCAACUAGCAGAUGUGUCUCUUCUCUCUCGAUGAAAGCAAAAGCAAACAUAAGGACAUGGAGUGUCGAAACAAGGUUUGAACCUAGUAAGGUCGCCCAGAUUGCAAAAGAAAUGAGAAGGUAUAGCAUAGAAGUGCUAGGAACCUGCGAAAUUAGAUGGAAUGAAAGUGGACUCUCUCAACUGUCAACUACAGAGCCAAUAAUCUACUACGAUAUUGUCAACCAAACUACAACCACGAGCACACUGAGUUUUGGAGUGUCUAUCAUGAUGUCCCCAAAAGCAUCGAAGGCUCUCUCUCGUGCAGUAGGAAUCAAUCUCAUCCUCCAGCAGCCCAGCCACAGAAUAACCAGCGAACACAACUCCUCCAACAAAAGCCGAUGUCGUGAACGCCAUAAAGCUGCUAAAAGCCAGGAAAGCAGUAGGACAAGAUGCAAUUCCUCCAUAAGCACUGAAAACAGAUGCAGAGACAACAGGGGUGGACAUGCUCACACCCACACUGCUGAAGGUUUACGAUGAAAGAAGGAUACCUGAACAUUGACUGGAAGAAGGGCUACCCUGUCAAACUCACAAAGAAGGGAGACCUAAGCCUUUGCAAGAACACGAACUGAAGCGGAAUCAUGCUCCACUCCUGUCCACCCAAAGCAAAAUAUUAAGCCGCAUCAU